CCAAGUAUCAUUAUUAUUAUUGCUAUUAUUAUUAUUAUUAAACAAGGUGCUGGAAAGUAAACCGCGGCCCUUCUUCAGGCUCUGGAAUCUUCUUCUUCAAUUAUAUAUAUAUAUAUAUAUAUAUAUAUAUAUCUAAAGAGAGAGAGAGAAAUAUAUAAAGACAGAUAUUUUCUUGAAAGCUUCCUAAGAAAAAUAGAAAGAAAAAAAGGGGAAAGAUGUGCUUGGUUUUUGUUUGUGACGAAGAGGAGAGGGUGAUGGCUCAACAGCCAGCGCCGGGGAGUUGCCCGUACUGCGGUGGAACAGUGAUGGCGACGGACGUGGAGAGCGCUUGGAGGUUCUGCUUCCUUCCUCUUUGCUUUCGCAUCAAGAGGAGGUAUCAUUGCGCCCUUUGCUCUCGCCGCCUCGUUACCUAUCUAAAAUCACCUUACUAACAUAACAUGCAUCUCUCUCUCUCUCUCUCUCCCUCUUUUCAUAUAUAUAUAUAUAUAUAUAUAUAUAUAUCUCUUAUUUUGAA